CACGACCAGCCUGCCAGUUUCCUGCAUCCCAAGUCGCGGCAAAGGGGAGUCUUAUCUGACUGGACAGCACCGGAUAAGGAUAUAACGUCCACCUGGUGUCCUAAUUGUGAUGUGCCGGCCGACUUGAAACUGUCAUGUUUGGAGACUGGUAGAGCCGAGUUGGAGGGAAAAGUGGUUUGGAGUAGCUGUAAGCGGUCGGAUGGGCCAAGAUGGACCAUGGAGUUGGGACAGACACUGCCCAGCAAGCAGGUCUCAGUUGAACACAAGGCGCCAAAUUAUGUGCAGAUGAAUAGGAGACAGUUUACCUUACAAGGCGACUCCAGCUUACGCUUUAUUCUCGAUAAAUCAUGGAUAGAAUAG